GGGAGCGCCUCGUUCCUGGGGUUACCCAAAGUGUUGUUUCAAUUGCACAUUGAACUUUGAAUUGACGCCCGCGAGGGUACAAGUACAAGAUCACGGUGCGUAACCAAAAUUGCCUAAAGGGAUAUUUUCUCAGCUGAAGAAUCAGAAAACCGAAAAAAGUUUCCCUGUCUUUCCUUGCGCAUGCAUUCCCGAUGUGCUUAAUGCAUGUACAUGCAUUUAGUGUGAGUAUGUAGUAUGUGUGAGUUCUUUGCCAGUGAAGGAGUUGACGUCAGGGUGAUACGUAACCCUGCUGCGGCGCACUGAAUGCAGCAGGAACGUGCGCUGCUCAGCCUGAGAAUAUCUGUCCACUUGUCGUGCUGUUAUUGAUCAACCAGGACGCGGCUACACUGGCAACCCGCAUUGAAGCGCACAUGGCUUGAUGACAUCAUGUCCAGAUAUCACUCCCCUUCUUUCCAGACACUCUCCUUCCUCCCUCUUCUCCUCUUCACCCUCUUCCCUCUAUCCCUUCUUUCUCCUCUUCUUUCUCAAUCUCCUCUCAGCUGGACCUCUUCUCAUGACCCCUGCUACCAUCUGGAUGGGCGUCCACGCCACUGUCUAUCUGAAUUCAUCAAUACGGCCUAUGGAGUGCCUGUGAUGAUGGAGGACCUCCAGCAAGGACCCAAGACAAACAUCAGCACUUUAACAGACCUUCAUAACCCUCACAAUCUGACAUGCUGGACGGCUGCCGAAGGCUCAGGCAGUGGGGACUGGACUUUAACAGUUCCCCUAGGCAGACGCUUUGAAAUCACUUACAUUAGUCUUCAGUUCUGUCAACAGGUGGAGUCUGUAGAAUCCUACUCCAUCUCCAUCUUGAAGUCAAUGGACUUUGGCCGGAGCUGGCGCCCCUUACAGUUUUAUUCAAGCAACUGCAUGGGCACAUUCGGCCGUCCUGCGCAGUCCAUCGCUCUGACAAAGCACCAGGAGACAGAGCCGCUGUGUUCAGAUCCCAGACCACUGCAGAAGCAUCGUGGAAAUGUCGUGCUGGCCUUCUCGACUUUGGAUGGACGUCCUUCCUCACCAGAUUUUGACUACAGUCCAGGGCUCCAAGAUUGGGUGACUGCAACAGACAUAAAGAUAGUAUUUCAUCAAUCACUGGAUAAAAUGAAAAAGCAAGGAGACAAACUAAAUGAAGUGGGAGGCACAUUUAGAUGGAGGGAAAGGGGAGACAAAGCUCUGAGGUUUGGAGAGAAAAACACUGGCGUUGAAAUUUGGAGAAACAGUCGAGAAAAACAGACUUCAACACAAAGAACUAGAAACAAAAGCACUGUGCACCAAAGUGGCCUCAAUGUUACUCGAAAAGAGAUGGGAUCUCAAGGUAGAGUGGGAAGGGGCCGAAAGAAAGACAGUUACAAGCCAUGCCAGGAUGGCACAUGUGAUUGGUCCCUAAAUAUCCCGCAGCAGGGCUCCAAAGGGCGAGAGUUGAGGAGAAGAAGAAACAAUGCAGGGAGGGAGAGGUCCCAUUCUAAAUCGAGAAAAAACGCCUCACGCAGUCUCGUUCCAUCAUCUCUUUACACCCCACUGAAACCCUCUCUAGCCCUUUCUGACCUGCAGGUCGGUGGCAGGUGCAAGUGCAAUGGCCACGCCUCUCGCUGUCGUCGCGACAACCAGGGGCGUGCCGUGUGUCAGUGUGAGCAUCACACAUCUGGGCCGGACUGUGACGUGUGUGAGCAAUUUUUUUAUGAUCGACCGUGGCAACGGGCCACACCCAGCCAACCACACCCGUGCGUCCCAUGUGAAUGUAAUGGUCACUCUACUAAGUGUAGGUUCAGUAUGGCCGUGUAUCAGCAGUCUGGUCGAGUCAGUGGAGGCAUUUGUUUGAAGUGCCGGCACCACACAACGGGACGCCAUUGCCAGUUCUGCCAGAACGGAUAUAUGCGAGACCACAGCAAACCGCUCAGCCACCGCAAGGCCUGCCAGCCGUGCCAGUGCCAUCCCAUGGGUGCAGUGGGACGUUGGUGUAACCAGUCCACAGGGCAGUGUUUGUGUAGAGAAGGAGUCACAGGACAGAGGUGUAACCGUUGUGCCCCCGGGUACAAGCAAGGCCAUUCCCCCCUCCGGCCAUGCAUCCGUAUUCAGGAGGUUGCACCACCCACCCCAGUUUACCAGCCUCAGUACAGCAUUGGCGAGGAAUGUCUUUCUUACUGUCCACCUUCCCAAGCAAGAGUCAAAAUGAAUUUAGAGACAUAUUGUCUCAAGGACUAUGUGCUGAAGGUGCAGGUCAAAAGUAAGGAACGUUCCGGUCCCUGGUGGCAGUUUUCUAUAUUGGUGCAGUCAGUGUUUCGUAUGGGCUCUUCGCACGUAAAGCGAGGCAUUCAGGCCCUCUGGGUUCCAGAUCGGGAUCUGAGCUGUGGUUGCCCUGCGCUUCAGAUGGGCCGGACAUUCCUCCUGAUUGGAGCAGAGGAAAGCGGCCAGAGUUGGGUCCCUGAGGAGAGGCGAUUAGUCGCAGACCGCACCACAAUGGCUUUGCAGUGGAGGGAGCACUGGAGCCCCAAAUUAAGAGGCUUCCGUGGGCAGGACACCCGGGGAAAGUGCCUACAGGGAAAUACCACUAUGCAGAAACACUCUCACCCUAACUUGUACGAAGAAUACACCCCACCACAUCUUAAACUGCAGUCUGAGCCACACAGACCACAUAAAUAUACACACACGGCACAUAAGCAGCAUCAUUUAACCACACAAUCUGGAGGAUCAGACCUCACGCACACACACAAUAUAGGAACUCAGGGCGUACAUGGAAAAGACACAGAAAUGCACCUUGAGGAGGACCGUAAAGCUGAAAACAUCACUCAGGAAACACAGCAUGUGUCGCAGCACACCCAGGAUCCUCUCUCAGGUGCUUCAAAGACGAGUCAAGCCAAUGAGCAUGAGCAGUACCACCCAACAGCAUGUCCAACAUGGUCACCUGGGCCACCUGUCUGACAAAAUGAGAUAUUAUGAGCAGCAAUCCAAAAGGAAGUUGAAGGAGUUGUUUACCAAAAAAUUAACAUUUGCUAAAAAAUUUACUCGCACUAUCAUCCAAGAUGUGGAUGAGUUUGUUUCUAUAUAUAAUAUAUUUGGAGAAAUUUAGCAUUAUACUAUCACUUGCUCACCAGUGGAUCCUCUGCAGUGAAUGGGUGCCGUCAGAAUGAGAGUCCAAACAGCUGAUAAAAACAACACAAUAAUCCAUAUAUAACCCACACAACUCCAGUCCAUCAAUUAAUGCAUGUUUGUGAUAAACAAAUUCAUCAUUCUGGGUAAGAUAAAGUCCUUUAUCCAAUAAUAUUGGUUUCUACAGUGAAAGAGUCAUCUCGUCUGAACUAGUUGAGAAAUAUACACUGGAGGAAGCAUUAUUAUGGAUUAUGGACUUGGAUUUUGGCCAUGAAUGGAUUAUGGACUCAUAUUUGGUUGCACCUUAAUAAUGGAUUUCUUACUAACACACAGCUUUUUACUUCACAAGAUGUUAAAUGAUCAACUUGUGAAUUAUUGUGGUGUUCUUAUCAGCUGUUUGGACUCUCAUUUUGAAGGCACCCAUUCACUGCAGAGGAUCCAUUGGUGACCAGGAGAUGUAAUGCUAAAUUAUUCCAAAUUGUUCUGAUGAAGAAACAAACUCAUCUACAUCUAUGAUGGCCUGAGGGUCAAUACAUUUUUAACAAAGUCUCAUUUUUGUGAACGAUUCCUUUAAGAAAUGCCUACAGUGGGCUUACGAAAUGGCAUGGCAAGGGAUAUUUUGGUUGUCUCUAAUCUAGGAUGUUUCCUAUACAGAGUCACUCAAUCCACUGAAUAUUCACACACUUUGCUGUGAGGAUCUAAGUAUUUUUGUAUGUUGUGCUAUAUAUUCAUCUCCAGAUUACAGAGCCAUUUGUAUUAUUAUUAUUAUUAUUAUUUUAUUUUCAGAUGAAACAUGCAGGUAUUUUUCAUGUCACAUGCUCUGAGAAAUUAUUUUUGCACCUUCCCUCCAGGAAGAGAUGAGUCUAAUCCAAAUAUUAAAAGACUGAAAAUCAUCAUAUUUUACUCAACAUGAAUGGCAUCCUGUUCAGUCCACAGUAUUUAGUCUGACAGUCAGACAUGUAAGACAUUGCUGGACUGUAAGAGGCACAUUGUUUUCAUAUCAGCAGCUGACAAAUCUUAUCCAUUCUGGUCUCCAUCACUGACAGACAUGUUAAGUGUGGCUGAAGAUACGAUACGAUAUUAUAUAUACAAAUCACAUUGGCAGUGAAUUCAGACUGUAUACAACAGAUCUUUAAUAUGGUGCCUUUUUAAGUCUUAUUACUUGUGAAUAUUUUAAGCUAUCAUAUAAUAUGUAAAUGUUAUAAAUAUUUACGUAUCAAAAUGUGACAAAAUGUCUUUUUUUCUGUUUAACUUAACGCUCUACCUCAUAAUAAAUAGUUAACAAGCCUGGUAAAGUCGUUCAUUCAGUUAAAACAUUUA